AAAAGCCAAAGUGCGCACACACGCAACGCAGCAACAGUGCGCCUGUGCCGCGAGGGAUGGCUGAACAGUACACGACUCGACCUCAAUGAGGCAGCAAGAUCUGAGUUUGAUGCAGGACCUGCCUGGAAUUACUAGGAGGACAAAAUGCGGAGUUAUGAGUUCACAUUGUCGCCGUGUUGAGUCGCCGCUGUGCAGUAAUGAGUGUGAGACGGGGCUAUCCAGAUUACUGUGCCGUGAAUAAUGUGUAGAGCUGCCGAGCUGCAGAUCUUCUGACUGGGAAACUUGUUUGUCGGUUGUUUUGAUCCGAAACAAGAUGCAUCUCUUUCGGACUCACAAUUACCAAGUGUUCCCGGACCGCCGCUCGGUGGAAAAACAGACAAUACGGGGCAUCAGCUGGACUCCACUGCCAGAGGCUCUGAAUUCAAAGGACACUAUAAAGCAGUUUCUCUCAGAUCGCGUGGUGAAGGCAGCCAGAUCAGUGUAUAGUGUCAUGAUUGAGAAGAACCCUGGUCUGAUCCGAGAUAGAAAGCAUCACCUCAAAACAUACAGGCAAUGUUGCUCCGGUAAGGACCUUGUUGACUGGCUGAUGACCCAAAAUGAAGGCCUCCAAUCAAGAAGUCAGGCAGUGGGAAUAUGGCAGGUCUUAGUGGAUGAGGGAAUACUUCUCCAUGUGAAACAUGAGUUGAAUUUCCUCGACAAGGACACACAGUUCUAUCGCUUCCAAGACUCCCAGUUUGGACUUAACCACAUAUUGAAUGAGAAGGAUUCAGAGGAUGAACUACAGGAAGCUCUGUCUCUGCUGUCUCAGCUUGGUCCUGAUGCUCUGCUCACUAUGAUUCUACGUAAAUGCCCCAGUCAGAGGAGUCCCGAGGACUUGGAGGUUAUCUACGAGGAGCUGCUCCACGUCAAAGCUGCCGCUCAUCUCUCCUCUUCAGUGCGUAAGGAGCUGGCAGCAGUGCUGGUCUUUGAAUCACAUGCCAAAGCUGGAACAGUCUUGUUCAGUCAGGGGGAUAAAGGAACCUCUUGGUACAUCAUCUGGAAAGGCUCUGUAAAUGUGAUCACACACGGGAAGGGUCUGGUGACUACUCUACAUGAAGGUGAGGAUUUUGGGCAACUAGCUUUGCUAAAUGAGCAACCUCGAGCCGCCACCAUCAUCUUGCGAGAGGACAAUUGUCAUUUCCUUCGUGUUGAUAAACAGGACUUCAUAAGGAUCCUCAAGGACGUGGAGGCUAAUACAGUGCGACUGGAAGAGCACGGGAAGACUGUGCUGGUGUUGGAAAAGAGUGCAGACUCGACUGAACAAGGAGGAGCAGGGAACAGCAGCAAGUACACAGUUAUGUCAGGAUCACCUGAGAAAAUCUUGGAACACCUACUGGAAACAAUAAAGUUGGAGUCUAAUGGAAAUGAUGCUAUAGAUUCUUGUGUGAGUGACUUCCUGCUCACACACAAAGUCUUCAUGCCCUCCAGCCAGCUCUGUCCUGCACUACAGCACCAUUACCAGGCACAGCUUGCUGAGGGCUCAGAGCAGGAGAAGACUGCCUAUGUUCUCAACAUUAAACAGAAAGUAGUAAAGUUGGUUGGCCAGUGGGUGGCACUGUUUGGCCUUCACCUGAAAGAAGACCCUAUUGCCUUGGACUUUCUGGAGAGAUUAAAGAAAGAUAUGGCAGCGAAUUCACAACUGUUCAACGUGCUGAAGGACUUCAGAGAAAGGAAGAGGACAAAAGUGUUGGAGAAUGGCUAUCAGUCACUGAGCAGGAACCACCAGUUUGAUUGGUUUUCAAACUUUGAGGAGUCAGUGGGGAGGGUUCAACCAAUCAGAGCACAUGAUAAAGUGUUGUAUGAGAUCUACAGGCCAGACAACAAAGCUCUCACUCCGAUGCUGCCGGUGAAUACAUCUGUACAGGAGAUAAUGUCAGCAUUAGGAAAAGCUGGAGAAGAUCAUGUCCUCAUCAAAAUGAACUCCACAGGAGAAAGAGCUCAGCUGAAGCUGGAUGCUACUGCGGUCUACACCGCCCUGGGACUCAACGAGAGACUGUUCAUCUGCACAAUCAGCGAAGUGGAACAACUGACACCUCUAAAGGAGCAGCAGGGUCCAGAGCAAGGAACCGCUGACGUCCUUGAACAGAUGUCUUCUAAAGACAUUGCCAGUGAGCUCACCAAUUAUGACUGGGAGUUGUUCACUGCCAUGCACGAGGUGGAGCUGGUCUACUACAUUUUUGGGCGCCACAAAUUCCCUGGAGCCAUCACGGCUAACCUAGAGCGGUUUGUGCGUCGCUUUAAUGAGGUGCAGCACUGGGUACUGACUGAGCUGUGCCUAUGUGAAGACCUCAUGAAACGUGCUAUGCUGCUCAAGAAGUUUAUCAAGAUCGCUUCAGUAUUAAAGGAGCAGAAGAAUCUAAAUUCAUUCUUUGCUGUGAUGUUUGGCUUAAGCAACAGUGCAAUUCAGAGGCUUUACAAGACCUGGGAGAGAAUACCCAGCAAGACAAAAAGGAUUUACUGUUCUCUUGAGAGACUCAUGGACCCUUCACGCAACCACAGGGCGUACAGACUGGCUAUAGCUAAACUCAGUCCUCCUUACAUUCCCUUCAUGCCUCUGCUGCUGAAAGACAUGACAUUUAUCCAUGAGGGAAACGCAAACUACGUAGACAAACUGGUCAAUUUUGAGAAAAUGCGAAUGCUUGCCAAAACAGUGAAAAUCGUUCGAGGAUGCAGAAGCCAACCUUAUGUGCCUUCAUCUCCACAGAGAGGCCUGGCAGAUCGUAUGUUUCUGGAAGGCGCUGCUACUCGCUUGUCUACAUAUUCAGAUCACGCCUUUCCUCUGCGAACUUCCACAAACAUCCGGCACUAUAUCCAAAACCUGAAGGUGAUUGACAACCAGCGCAAGCUGACGCAGCUAUCGAGAACAAUCGAUUGCUAGGACAUAUGACUGAAAAUGUGCAAGGACUGUGAAACUGAAGCAAAAUCACAGCUGAAAAAUGAACUCUGUAUAACGGAAUAAAACCUCCAAACUCUUCUCAAUUAGAGGUGGGAACUGGACCUAUGGAGAUGUAGCAUCCCAUGGAAAUUCAUUGUUACUUAAGGAGUUUGGACAUUACUGGAGAAGCUUUCUGCACAGCAAAACAUUGACAGUGAAAAUGGGCUCUGUGCACAGAAAUGAGCUCCAGUGGCCCUGACUCUGUGUUGACAGGACUUGUGGUUAUUCAGAAAGCCUUAUGUCACACUGGUGUCUAAAUAUUUCAAGUGAUCCCUUCAAAAGGAAAUGUUACAACAUGAUGUACAGUGAAGUAUUCUUGUCUUUGGUGUCAAAAUUCAUUUUGUGAAGUUUUUUUUAUACUGCUGUCUGUGGAAGAAUCACAUUGUUUAUUCCACAAAACUGCCAUAAGAACACAGACCUGUGCCACAAUUAACCACUUUAGGUCAGUGCACAAGUGUUUUCACAUUAAAUAUAUUGUAUCAGAUCAUGUUUGGCACUAACUGACAUGCAUAAUUUCGUAUAUUGUUUUCUAAAUAAAUUAUUUUCCCACUAA